CACACACACACACACACACACACACACACACAUAUACACGCCGUAUACACACAUAUCUAUGGUUGUGUGGUUUUAUUCUUUAUAAUAAAGAGAAGACGUCGCAUCGAAAGGCCGCCGCCAUCUUGGACCGGGCUGUGUACAGUAAAUCCAAAUUUCAGACCGGAAGAAGAACCUCUGACCCGGAAACUGAAACCCUUUGAACUUCCGGGUCACGGAGCGUGGAGACGCAGAAACUUCGUUUGUCGUCGUCGCAGAAACCAAAAACAGACAUAUAAUGUCCGACGAGGAGGACGCAGCUCCGGCCGUGAAGAGGAGUCGCGUUUUCUACGGAAGCCUGGAGGAGAAAGAACGGGAGCGCCUGAGGUCAGAGGUCACGGGAGGAGAUGCGGUCAGGGCAGGGAUCGAUGCGGGAAACAUCAACAUCUCUUCAGGGGACACUCUGGAGAUGGAGGAGAGGGUCAGUGAGAGGCAGCAGGAAGCUCUGGCUGAGUUCGAGCGGCGGCGGCGAGCGCGACAGAUCACGGUCUCCACGGACGACGCCGAGGUGAAGGCCGGCCUCCGCGCGCUGGGAGAACCAAUCACGUUGUUUGGAGAGGGACCAGCUGAUCGCAGGGAGCGGCUGCGCAGCGUUCUCUCUGUGGUCGGUCCAGACGCUCUGAAGAAGUCCAGGAAAGACGAGGAACGAGCCAAGAGAUCACAGGACGAGUGUCACCAGACAUGGUACCACGAAGGCUCCGCCUCCCUGAAGGACGCUCGACUCUGGUUGGCUAAAUACUCUCUGCCCCGAGCUAUGAGGCGUCUGGAGUCUGCACGCGCUCAGAAGGAUGUUGCCGAGGCAACCAAGACCAUCCGGCAACAAGAGCUGCACAAGAGCCUGCGGAACCUGAACAACUUCUGCAGUCAAAUCGGUGACGAUCGACCAAUCAGCUUCUGCCACUUCAGCCCCGAUUCAACGAUGCUAGCCACAGCCUCCUGGAGUGGCCUCUGUAAGCUGUGGUCUGUCCCUGACUGCAGCCUCAUCCGUACACUGAGAGGACACAACACGAACGUGGGCGCCAUCGUCUUCCGUCCACAGGCCGGAGUUUCUCUGGACCAAUCAGACGUCAGCUUGGCCUCAUGUGCUGCAGAUGGAUCCGUGAAGCUUUGGAACCUAGAGAGUGACGAACCAGUGGCGGACAUUGAGGGACACAGUGAUCGAGUGUCUCGAGUCUCCUGGCAUCCGUCAGGAAGGUUCCUGGGAACCACCUGGUUCAGCAUGAUAAUCGUGCGCGCCGGGAGGGUCAGGAGGAUUCUCCACAGAAGCCGCAAUCACGACCUCACUUCACCCGACGGGUCCCUGGCAGCGACCGGAGGCCUGGAUGCGUUCGGCCGGGUCUGGGACCUUCGGACCGGGCGCUGCAUCGUGUUCCUGGAGGGUCACCUGAGGGAGAUCUACAGCCUCCACUUCUCCCCCAACGGAUAUCAUCUGGCCACAGGAAGUGGAGACAACACCUGUAAGGUCUGGGAGCUCAGAAACAGGAAGUGCCUGUACACAGUCCCCGCCCACCAGAACCUGCUGUCAGCUGUUCGCUUCCAGCCCACAGACGGUCACUUCCUGUUGACGGGCGCAUACGACAACACGGCGAAGGUUUGGAGUCACCCAGGCUGGACGCCGCUGAAGACGCUGGCGGGACACGAGGGGAAGGUGAUGGGCGUCGACGUGUCACCUGAUGGGAAACUAAUCGCCACCAGCUCCUACGACCGAACCUUCAAACUCUGGCUCUCUGAGUGACGUCAUUUUCUACGUGUCAUGAUUUUAAUUUGUCUGUUUUUGAAUAAAUCGAGUCUCACUUGUUUUUAA